AGUUUUGAAUGUGGGUUUUAUCAGACUCUGACGACUCCGACGGACAUUCUGAAGUUCUGCAGACUCUUGACAACUUUUAGGCAUUUUCGCUUCACUGUGUGUUUUUCUAAUUUUUGAGAGAGAGAAUUUGCCAGUGAUUUACUGACAAUGGGUGACUCAAGUUCAGACGAUGAGUUGCCGGAAGAGUGGCAGAUGUACUGUGAACGACCAGAGUGGUCGGAUGUGAUACCUAUUGAGCAGGAUGACGGUGAAAACCCUGUUGUCGUGAUUGCAUACAGUGAGAAAUUCAAGGAUGUUUACAACUACUUCCGAGCCAUUGUGGCAUCCGGAGAGAAGUCCAAGAGAGCCCUGGAACUCACCAAAGAUGCAUUGAUACUCAAUCCGGCAAACUAUACCGUUUGGCAAUAUCGGAGGGACAUUCUGAAGGCAUUGAACGCGAGUGCUGUGGAUUUGGACAGGGAACUUGACUACGUGGCGGAAGUGAUAGAAUCCAAUGGGAAAAAUUACCAAGUUUGGCACCAUAGAAGGGUCAUUGUUGAGUGGCUCCAGGAUGCUUCCAAGGAGCUUGAUCUGACGGCAAAAAUUCUUAUGGCAGAUUCUAAGAAUUACCACGCUUGGCAGCAUCGACAGUGGGUCAUUGCGACCUUCGGGCUCUACGAGAAUGAGUUGAACUUCGUGGACAGAUUGUUAGCGGAUGAUGUCCGGAACAAUUCGGCGUGGAAUCAGAGAUUUUUCGUGCUUAAGUUCACUGGAAUCGACACCCAUGUGAUCUCCAGAGAAAUUCUCUACGCCAUGAAUCGUAUACGCUUAGCCACGACUAAUGAGAGCUCAUGGAACUUCCUCAGGGGCAUCCUGCGACAAGCAGAAGAUCCUACCCUUGACCAAUACCCCGAAGUUGUGGCAUUUUGUGAGGAACUCUUUGAAACUGGCUCCAGAUCGCCCCAUCUUCUUGCCUUUCUCAUCGAUCUGUAUACGGAAAAAGCCCUAAGACCCAGGGAACCAUCCAGAGAUGAUCAUGCCAAAAAGGUUAUUGAUCUAUGCAACAUGAUGAUAGAUGAAUGCGAUACAAUCCGCUGCAGAUACUGGAAAUAUGUCCUGGACAACUUCCAAAGCGAUUUUAAGCUUUCCGGACAUGGAGAUCAUGAGAAUCAUGAUAACAAGGAGGCAACGCCCGAUUCAGAGAAUAUCACAAUCGACUCUUAACAAAAAUUCCUAUAUCUUGGCAUUUCUUAUUCAUUGUUUCAAUAAAUAUUUGAAGAAA